UGAGAAGAUAAAAAGGCUUUAGUUUUUAUGGAAACUUGAUGAAGGAGGCUUGUAUUUCUAUGUAGCUAUAAGGGGAAAAGCAACACAGGCAAACAAAUGCAUAAUGGAGCUGGGUCUGGUGCUGAGGUUAUUAGUGAUAGGGAUAUCCAUUUCUGAAACACGGACACAAGGGAGACCAGGACCCAUGAGUUCAGAGUGCUUGGAGAACUUUUUGUGUAUAACACUGAGGGCAGAAUACUUUGAGGGCAAGUACUUAUCUUUUUCUGCUGUUGAUCAAUCUGGCAUAGCCUGGGAGCUAGAUGAGGCCCUGGCAUCACAGUGUGGCUAUACAGUAACUUACAGCAACUGGAAUAACAUUGAGUUUCGUGCUUCUGCACUAAGCUGCCAUUCUCAUGUGGAGAAAGAUACAUUCACAGUAACUAUACAAGUCAAAGCAUCUCAUACUCCUGAUAUGAAAAACGCUUCGGUUCACCUAAAAAGUGCAAGUUGUCAUUAUGGCCCAUGGAGUCCAAGACAGCUAGUAUGUGAAACUAACUAUAUGGAGGUUUCUGUUAGGAGGGAUGUUCCAAAGACUGUAAAGGACUUCAUUCAAGAUGAACCUGAAGACUGGACUCUUGUCUUUCCAGAGGCUAAAUCAGGAGAAGCCUCAAUAUGGCAAAUAGUGUUUCAUCAACCAGAAGAGAAAAGGGCUCUGCUUGUGAGUGAUGCUUGGAGUGCUGGCUAUGGACUCAACAUCACAGACACCAGGAUUCUGCUGCGAGUACCAUAUAAUGCUGCACAAACUCAGCUGGUAAAGGCUCAGGGAAUUACUUUUUCUACAGUGAGAUCAAGUACAUUUUACAAACAGCAGUGGAUGAUCCUGAUGGUGGAUACUGCUGUGGUGUGUCCUGUAGAUGGUGUGGACUACACUAACAAAAUGAUCAUCUGGACUGUUCCAAAAUACAUUCAAGCACUCUGUACUGGAGCAACUAGCUUUAAGGAUGUUCUUGUUGAAGCUGGUGUGAAUCUACACAAACUCUCUGCCAAAGAAAUGGCUUCCAGGAAAUAUGUGUUAUCUAAUGAUUUUGAUGUGAUUACAAUGAAGGUACCAAUAGGUGCAGAAGGUGGCUAUUACAAGACUUCUGUGAGCAGUGGACAACAUGGGGCAAGAUACUGCAUCAACCUGUUCUUGGAACACCAGUGGGAGGAUAACAAAUGGGGACUAACCAAACAUACCAUCAUCAAGGAAAUAGAAACACCAUUUGAACUAGUAGAACUCACUGUAACAAACAACUCAAAUCUGAGUGCAAGGAUAAUGAAUGUGACAGUGGGAAUGUUCCUCCUGGAUGUGGAGCUUGUGAACUUGACCAUUGAGGGGGCAACUGUCACAGUACCUGAGGCUGUUCAGCAUGGGUACCGAAUGUAUGAGAUUAAAUAUGCUAAUCAAAGCAAAGUCUAUGUAAUACAAGUGCCAUUUGAUGCACCAAGCAUUAAGAAAGAGUAUGUGAGAGAUGAUGUAAGAACAUACACACUGAAUGUCACACUGGAGUUCAUAAUUCAUCCAACAAGUGAGACCUUCUCUGUCCUCAUCGUUACACUAUCUGCUGUUAAAGAUGCUGUACUGCCCAGUGCAAGGGGAUUUUGUGAUGAGAACAACGUCCAUCUCCACAUCACUCAUGGGAAUGUGGACCAGAACUGGAUGCCCUUCAUCUCAGGCCGACACCUGACCCCAGAGGCAGCGCAGAAGUACAACUACAGCCUGAGUGAUAAUGGCACUCACUUGGCCAUCUCUGUCCCUUUCCUUUCUUCCCUCCUGGACUAUGAGGAUAUUCAUAUGUCUGGAGUACUGGCUUCACUCCAUUUAACCUUGAAAGAUGGAGUCACCUUUGCUAAUAAGAAGGACUUCUCAAUUUCCUGCAGAUUUUCCCCUUCAGAGCUCAUACAGUGCCUUCCCAAUGGCACUGUGGUUAUUACUGCAGUGAAACUGGUAAGACUUGCAGACCUGGACACCAGCCUCCUUGUGUUAAGUGACAGAAACUGCAAGCCCAGCCUAGUGACAGAGAAGACUGCAACUUUCAAAUUCAAUGUGAAUACGUGUGGAACAAAAAGAAAGUUUAAUAGCACAUCUAUAACAUAUGAGAAUGAGGUAGUCUACUUCAGACUUGGAAAUGAUUCACCAGUAUACAAAUUAAAGUUUGUAUGCUUAUACACAAUCAAGCAGACUGUUGAUGUCAAGUAUGAGACUAAGAAGAACCCAUCACCCAGUAUUAAGCCAGGGUUUGGCGCUCUCGACCUCUCAUUGAAGCUUUUUAAAGAUGAGUCCUAUUCUGACCCCUAUCAAGAACUGGAAUUUCCUGUGGUAAAAUACCUGAAGGAAACACUAUAUUUGGAAGUAGAACUGCUCCAGCCUGCAGAUCCAAGACUAGAACUAAACCUGAAAGACUGUUGGGCUACAAACUCCCAAAGUCAGGACAGCCUUCCACAGUGGCCAAUCCUCAUAAAUGGGUGUGAAAACAGCAAAGACUCUCAGAGAACAGUCUUCCACAAAGUUAAUUACAGCAACAGAGUAAAAUUUCCUCAGCACCUGAAGAGAUUUGAAGUGAUGAUCUUCACCUUUAUAGAAGGCACAACUCCAUUACAAAAGCAGCUGUAUUUCCACUGCAGCGUGGUGAUCUGCAGCACUAUGCCACAGCCUUCCGACUUCCUUUGUCAGAGGAGAUGCAAUCCUGGGAAACAUAGACGUGACCGCAGUACAGAACCACAACUGCAUGGGCAAGCAUCAUCUGGGGCAGUGCUUAUUAGGAAGGAAAACACGACCAGCAGAGGCUUCUGUGCAUUUCUCUCCUCUCUGUAGGUGAAUACACUCUCUCUUGACAGACUAAACAAGAACUGUUUAGUUUUAUGAAUCUGCAAUUAAAUGGCCUAUGCAAAUGCAGUCUGCCCAGACUUUCGAUUAAGGACACUGCAAAAAUAUCUUCUUGGAAAAUACAUUCAGUGUCUGCUGAUGUAAGGGUUAACUAACCAAGUACAGCUGAAUCUGUCUUAGUCAACUUUAAUGUGUUGCUCUCUUGUGUUCCUCUAGAGUCUAGUAGUCUUGAUCUUUGUGUGACUUGCAUUUGACCUAGUGUUCUCAGCUAAUGUGUCUGAAAUUUGUCUAGCCGCUUUGCAAUUGGAAGCAUCUGUUUUGGUGUAGAGGGGGAAAGGUAGCAGCAGAUGUAAUGUCAACUGCAAAUCAUUUGUUAUUACAUCUUUUUUUAAAGUUUUAAGAUGAAUCAAGUGUUGCAGGGACUUCAAUGUCAGUAAGUCUUUUUUUCUGAAGCAUUUUCUGAAGCAAAUGGUAAUAAAUAUAUUUGAUCUUGUAGUGGCAACUGUCAGAAAAAAGUAAGCUGUGGAUUUCACUGGAGGGUUGUGGCUCUGCAAUGUCAAGUUGCCUCCCUUGGUUGUGGGGUAAAUCAGUCACAGGUAGCAUUAGUAACUCUGCUUAGAGUAAUCUGCCACCCUAAAGGAAAAAAGCUUUUAGUGGAGGUGUAUAGCAGUAAUGAUAAUACAUGGACUUCACCUAUGAAGUGUUUAGGAUUUUUCCUUAUUAGAAGACAUGAUAUGUAGGCACUCCUGUCAGAUAAUCCUGUCCUUUCUUUUUUUAAUGGGUAGAAAAUUUCUUGAUUUAUUUGCAUCUGAGUAGUGAUAUGAAGUUUGGAUUCAUUACUGUGUUUUCCUGUUCUAAGGAAAGAUUGCAUAGCAUGAAUCAUUGCUUAGGGCCAAAGACACAAUGGGUGUACAAUGUUUACUUUUUAACUUUAUAUUAAAUGGAAUUCUACUACAAGGAAUUGCUGUGAAAGGUACCUUGAGCAAGUAAACGAAAUUAUUCCAUGAAUCUAUUUGUACCUUGUGAAGAAAAACACAAAGAUUUGUAGCUCUGCUGUUAUACCUGUACAGAGAUCCCAUUAAACAGCUUAUGCUAUAA